GAAAAACAUUGUCUCUCAAGUCCGGGUGUUUUAGCUGAACAAAACUACAAAUUGAUGUCAUAUUUGGAACGUAUGCACACAAUUUAUCCAGCGAACACAAUGUUCUACAAAACUCAUACAAAUAAGAUUGAUUGAAAAGUAUAUGGCUUUGUCGGGCAAAAUUUUCUUUUUCUGGGUAUGUCUGGGUAAUAUGGGAUGCUGGCUAUUAAUACUUGAUCAUAAUCUUCUGUAGUAUCAUAGGACCAAUGUUGCUCCCAGUUAUAAAUCUGUAUUGGAUUCUGAAUUCAUGGUUUCAAGUUACCCAGGGGAUGAAUCUUUGUUGUUCAGCUCACACAUAUCCAAAGAUGUUUGAAAUCCUUCUCUUAAUAUGGAUAACUAUUUAUACAACAUUGUAGUCCAAAAUUUCCGUUUUCGUCAUGUAUGACUAAUAUUGAGGAACAUUUGGUACUUUUUAGAAUUUUGAAUCAGAAUGUUGCUUUCAAAAAAUUCUGCAUCAUCAUGGGGUCGAAUUUAAAGUGAAACAUUAUAGUGUCAGCUAUGAGACAUUAGAAGAUCAGAAAUAAUAAUUUACAAAUCUUUGGAAGGAAUUACAGUAUUUGGUUCUGCUACUGUGUCAUAGAUGGCGCUAGGAUAUGCGGUUCCUUUGGGCCUGUCUAAUGCCUAUUCUAAUUGAAUAUCCUCAGGCAUUGAUUAACGUAUUCCAUCUGAAGAUGACCAAUUAAAAUAGACAUUAGAGAGGCAAAAAAGGAUUAAAGAUUUUAGCGCGAUCUAUGAAACAAUAGCAUAGAUAGCACUAGUAUCUUCCAGAUCCCCUUUAGGACGUAGGAAUGCGUUAAUUCAUGGGUUUGCAACACAUAAUAAAUAUGUGUAUGUGCGAUGUACGUUACUUUUAAGUGCCCAUUUUAUGCACGCAAUUUGUAUCGCUCAUCAUGAAAAAGCAAACUUGCAACUUUUCUUAUAGCACGACUUUUAGAUCAUGUCCUGUGACUUAGAUCAACAGCACUGUUAAUAGAUGCUGACGCGGACCGUUGACUUGAAAUCGAGGUGAGUUUGCAGCCCGAUAAGAAAAGUCGAUUGCUCUCUCAAAGAUAUAUUAAUCUACCAUUAGUUUUGAUAUAUUCUUUUUAAUAGAGGGCACCCUCUGUGCGAGUUUUGCGACACCCGCUAUAUGGACAACGACGAGCUGUUUCGCCAUCUUCGGCGCACUCAUUUGUUUUGCCAUUUGUGCGAUGCGGACGGCAAACAUCAGUACUACGUCUGCAUGGACGAUCUUUUGAAGCAUUUCAAAGAGGAGCAUUUUCUAUGUGAGGAGGGGGAUUGCAGGAAUAUGCCUUUGACUGCUGUUUUUAGGUCGGAUAUAGAUUUAAAAGCUCACGUUGCUACAGAACACAGUAGACAUAUGAGUAAGUCUGCUACAAAGCAAGCAAGGACCUUAGAAUUAGAAUUUACUUUAGCCCCUAGACCAAGAACUGACAAUAAUAGGAAUAGAAGAUAUGAUAAUAGGCGCAUUGACAAUGAUCCUUAUGAUGAGCCGGGCGGUGGCCCAGGUGGCGGGGGGGAGGUUGGUUCCGGCAGGUUCUUCGUGAACCCCCUCACCCCCCAGGACUUCCCGGCGUUAGGAUCGGCGUCAGGAAGUGUCACUUUUCGACCCGCUUCCGUCAAUUUUGCAUCCAGGAACAACUCCAAUUUGAGGCAAGAGGAUUUCCCCUCUUUAGGUGGUUCAAGAGGACCAUCAGCCCUUACUAUAACGACCAACUCUGCGAGUACAAGGUCUAAUAGAGCACCCGAAGUUACCAUAACUAGAACUGUAAGGGGUCAACAACAAGGCCAACCUAGGCGAAAUAAUGACUUUCCCGUUUUGAGCGGAACCAGCUCAAACAAUACUGGCAGUAGCACUGUUAGGUUAAGUGUUAAUUCUCAAGACUCGCAUACCAGCCCGAAGGUUUCUAUUCACGUUAACCAUCGUCCUAAUGGUGGCAUCACUACUCACAUCACCACAAGUGCCUCGUCCAAUAGCAGCGCGUCCCGCCCCACAGAGGCGUUUCCUGCUUUAGGGUCAGCCCAACAAGGCGGUGCCGAACAGCCGCAGUGGGUUCAGGUCAAGCACAAAAAGCAGGAAUCGAAAGCGCCUAAGGUGACUCCUACGCCUACGCUACCACCCGGUGACCUCCAACAAUUCCCUAGCUUACAAAAAACGAAAAAGGGCAACACCAACACAUCUUCAGGGAAUAAUUGGGUGAAUUUGAACAGUAUGAACAGUGCAAUGGCAAGAAACAGAGAGGCUGAGGCUAGGGCCGCUAGUUUGAAGCCCAAACCGCCAGUUGAAAAUAAGCAGGAUAACACCGAAAAUAAAGGCAAGAAGAAGAAAAAAAGCAAAGAUAAACCUUUGGACACUGAGAAAAAGAAAGGGGAACAAAAUUCUGCAAAUGAGUCGAACAACAAUGAAGAUAUCAUCAAGAAUGGAAUGAUAAAAAAGCGUUCUGAAAUCAAAAUCGGGAACCUGCGUAAUACUGGUGAAUCGUCCGUUGUUUCUAAUAGGUCAGAGGAGUCAACAAAGCCUCCUCCUGGCUUUACCAUCAAACCCCCUCCAGGUUUAAGUCCCGCCUCUUUUCCCAGCUUAGGAGGAGUGGCCAAUGAUUUGACAUUCACGUCAAGUAGCGGCCAAAGUUACUCCAUAACGCCCAGCAUAAAAUAUCAUCCACCAGUUAACUUUCAUGCUCGCAACCAGAAUUUGAUCAAGAAAGUUAUGAGUAUUUUGAAUAGUGAUACAAUCAAGGAAUUCAAAACGUAUUCGGACCUGUUCCGCAACGGGGGCUUCCCCACAGACAAUUACUACGCGCAUUGCAAGCAAGUGUUGGGCAGCAAUUUUGAAGAAAUCUUUCCAGAGCUGUUAGUUCUCCUUCCAGACAUAGACAAGCAACAGGAGUUGUUCAGAGUGUAUGACGGCAAGGGGAAAAAACUUCUAGUUAUCUGUGAAAAUUGCAAACAGGUGAUCUACCGCAAGGAGCUGACAGAACACUACAGUUAUCAUACACUUGAUAGUCAGUUUCCUAGUCUCGAUGUCGGCAAACCACAGGGUAGUAACGGUGCUUGGAAAAAGUCAUAA